AUGUCACUCGGCCAUUUUUUACGUUUUACUCCUUCUUCUCGUAUCUCACAACAUAUCUCCUUUUCAAUUAACUUAAAUUCAGUUAAAUCAGUACACACCUCUCCACAAUUUGUGAAUUCUUCCAAAUAUCAAAAAUAUAAAGAUUCAAUUCUCUCUUCAAAAUUUCCAAAGAUUCCCAAAAAAUUCAAUAAAUAUGAAAUAGAAGCAAAAGAUAAUCCAGAUUGGACUUUUCUAUCUUCACCGGUACGGGUUGAUACGACAAGAUAUCAACGUCGAGGGUCUGUGUUAUCAAAAUAUUAUCCGCGACAAAAACCAGCUGAUGAUAUUGAUAUGUGGAAAUUGCAAUUGGAAAAAAAGCUACAAUGGACGGAAACUUCGAUUAGACUAGGCGCUAUUGCUAGAAAAAAAGGGAUGACUGCUUUAUGGGAUGAAUGGGGUGUUAGGCAACCUUGUACUGUAUUACAGUUGGAAGACGUUCAAGUAGUGCAAAUUGUGGAAAACAAAAAAUUUGUUCAACCACAUUUGGUAUCGGUUCAAAUCGGAUGCUCUAAUAAAACAAAAAAUAUAUCUAGACCUUUAUUAGGUCAUUUUAAAGCCGCAGGAGUGCCUCCAAAAUGGAAAUUAUGUGAUUUUCAUGUUACGACUGAUGCCGUUUUACCUAUUGGCCAUGAAAUUAAGGCUGCCCAUUUCGUUCCAGGACAGUAUGUAGAUUUACAAGCACCAUCAAUUGGUAAAGGCUUUGCGGGUGUUAUGAAACGAUGGGGUUUCAAAGGCAUGCCUGCAUCACAUGGAACUUCAAAAACCCAUCGUUCAGCUGGUUCUACAGGUCAAAAUCAGAGUCCUGGUAGAGUUUUUAAAGGCAAAAAAAUGGCUGGUAGAAUGGGGGGAAAUAAUGUAACUGUAAGCUCUAAAGUUCUCAAGAUCGACAAUGCCUUAAAUUUAAUAUAUGUUAAAGGUGCUGUGCCGGGUCCUAAAGAUCAAUUUGUUAGAAUUAAAGAUGCCAUAAAGAAACAAGGUGCUAAAUGUUUUCCACAGGAUUAUUUACCACCACCUUUUCCUACUAUUGCACCAGAAUUAUUAGAAACUAUGCCUAGAGAGUUAAUAGCUAAAAGUGGUGGCGUUGACCCUUUCUUAGUCAAAGAAUCUUAA